AUGGGCAAGGAAACUCCAACACUCAGCAAAGCAAAAUACAAGGAAGCCAAUGUUUCGACGAGUUCGCCACUUAAAUACAGCGCUCGUCAAACUCCUGCGCCUUCAAGCUCCCAAAGGAAUAAUGAGCGAAAACGUAAUCAAGACGAAACACCAUCGAGAGGGGGAUUGUCAAUAAAGAGAAAUCGAUUCGAGGCGGACGGAUCUUCACGGCGCAGUAGGAGUGUUAGAGCAGAGCAAGGAACGUCUCAAGUUAAGGAAGAGGAAAACACUAGAGGAAGACGAUUUCUGAAACAUGGUGAGGCUGCUAUUCCACAAUGUACGAUGUGCAAAGAGGAACAAAAACCAGAGGACGAGCCGCUGAUGGAAUGCACAUGUUGCAAAUCAAAAUACCACAUAAACAAGUGUCUUCGUUAUAAAGACGAAAUAGAAGCCAGCAUACGGAAAUCGAGAAGAUUAAUUUGCCCUAGAUGCAUUCAUUGUUCGGCCUGCGAAGAGUUCAUUGGAGAUCCGGAAAAUCUCGAAUGUUCCCAGUGUUGCCAUGCUUGGCAUGGAAGUUGCGCUCCAAAAGGUCACUUUUUGACAAAUGAUUUCGAUUCAACUUGGUUCUGUGCAUCUUGUUGUAGAAAAAGGAAUAUCAGGAUAUUAGAUUCGCCGGAACCAACGAAACCGUCUAGAAGGAAAAUAAAAGGAUACAAGCCUGAAAAACCAAUUAGUGAUAUAGACUUUGCCAUCGACAUCAAUGUCGAUGAAUUAGCAGAGCUUCAGGAUAAAAGAGACCAGAUAUCAAAUUUGUUGGCAUAUGAGGCUGGAUUCUCUUCCGAGCAACCUCCAAAUUUAGAGGAAAGUAAAAAUAAAAGAAAACGCAAAUUGGAUGAGGAUGACUUCUGCUACACUGGACUGAAAAAGAAUCAACCGGUGCCAAAAGUUGCUAGAAUAGAUAAAGAAUCGUUUGAGCAAACGAAAAAGGAUGCUUAUCCAAAAGAGUUGGAAACCAGCGAAAUUUCUGGUGGACAGAUUAUCCAUUUCGGAACCGGAAAAGCGUGCAAAGCAGUGUAUAAAUCGGCCUAUGAAGAACCACUGCAGUCAGCUUCGGAUUUGUACUUUUGCAAAUUUUGCAUCUAUACGACUCAUCAUAAGCAAGACCUAAUUGCACACUGGGAAAAUUGUACCGCGCGGCAUCCACCAGGAGAUGAAAUUUAUCGAGAUGAAGACAUUGCAUUCUUCGAAGUAGAUGGCGCCGUUCGAACAAAAUAUUGCCAAGAUUUGUGCCUUCUCGCGAAGCUUUUUAUCUCCUCAAAAACAUUAUAUGCUGAAGUGGAGACGUUCAUUUUCUAUGUUUUGUGCGAAAUUACUACUGAAGGAUAUGUGAUUGUGGGAUAUUUCUCGAAGGAAAAAAACCCAUCAAAAAACAACAAUUUAUCGUGUCUUCUCGUUCUUCCGAUGGUGCAGAAAAUGGGAUACGGUCGUCUUCUCAUUGAUAUGAGCUAUGAACUAUCCCGACUUGAGCUCAAAGUUGGUCACCCGGAACAUCCACUAUCCGAUCUUGGUAUUCUCGCCUACCGUGGUUACUGGCGUUCGAGCCUUCUUUGCUAUCUGCGGCAACAUCGCAAACAAGAUCGGAUCAGCAUCAGGGAUAUCAGUCUUGCCACGAGAAUGACUCCCUCGGAUAUCGUCAAUCAGUUGCUGUUGGAUAAUAUUAUUGCCUUAAAAGGAGACAACUAUACAAUCAAGCUUGGUAAACGUGCUUUCAAAUUUCCAAUAUCUCAAUGCCGUCGCAAGUGCAUUGAUCCUUUGAAGUUAUUCUGGACUCCAAAACCACCGACGGAACCGCUUGAUCCGAACAAAUUGAACAGUUACGCGAAAUAA